AUGACUGACAAAUAUGUUCCAUUAAAAAAUGAAGAUGAUUCUAUUCAGGGAAAUCUAACAAAUUCUACUAUUGUUCAACAAACUCUACAAGAACAUGUUGAAACACAACCUCAAAUUUUCUUAGCACCAUUACAUAAUGAUGAACAUUCAUUUUAUCAAAUUCAACAACCUCAAGAACCAGUUGAUAAAAGUUUACAAAAUCCAGCAUUUAUAUUAUUUGUAUUAGGGUUCUUCCUUCCAUGUAUUUGGAUUUAUAAUAUUAUCAAAUAUAAAAAUUCAGGAGAUUUAAUUGAAAAAAGAUGGGCAUAUUGGUCAAUGAUAGCACUUUUUUGUGUUACUAUUUUCUAUGCUAUUUUAGUUCUUAUUGUUAUCUUAGUGUAA